AUGACUACCACCCGAUUUCCAAAUUCAUCAUACCAACCACCGGUUCGGUUCUCGAUCGAACCUUAUUCAGCAUCUAAUCCCAAUACGUUUGCAUACCAAUCGACCAUCAAAAGAUGGCCUAUGAUCUUAACCAAUAUAAUUGAUAGAAUGGUGAAAAUCAAUAAUUCACUUUUAGAUGAAGGAGGUGAUCAUCAAAAUGAUAAAUUAAAACAUGGAAAGUUGAUCAUUAGUCAAAUUUCGGAACUUAAAUAUCAAUGUGCUAGAGAUAAAGAACUUGGACCGAUCAUCGAUGACGGUGGUCAAAAUUUAGUAUUGUAUAAUGAAGAACUUAAAAAAGCAAAGGCUGCAAAUAAAUCGACUUGGUUUACUGCUUCUUGGCUGUUUGCCGAAUGUUAUUUAUACCGACGAUUGAAUAGUUUUUUCAUGAGUUCUGAACAUUGGAAAACCUAUGACCCAUUCCAUGAACCGAAAACGUCAUGUCUUCAAGCAUCAUUUCCCGCCAUUCUUAAAUUAGCUACUACCCUUAAUCUUAGUAUUUCCAACCUUGACCCAAUCAAUGAAGAUCAAUUACGUACCAGUUUUCGAGGAUUUCUUCUGGCUUCAUUAUGGGGUAAUGCAACUGAUUUAAGUUUGUUACCUACGAUCUCAUCAGAAGCGAUUUAUGAAUUACAAUCUGAAAAUCGUUCAGAUAGUUCAAGAAUUUUAAAAGAUGAUUUUGAAACGCUUUACAAAAGAAUGAAUGAAAACUUGAAUCACAAGAAAGAGAACGGUUAUGAAGACGUCAAACGGAUUGAUAUCGUACUAGAUAAUGCUGGGUUUGAACUUUUUACUGAUCUUGUACUUGCUGAUUGGUUCAUUUCGAUUUCUCCUUUCGCUACCAAAGUAGUUUUUCAUCCCAAAGAUAUCCCAUGGUUUGUCAGUGAUGUGAUGGAAAAAGAUAUCAAAGGUUUAUUGGAAGCUUUGAUUGAGUAUAAUGAUGUGGAAGUCUUGGAACCAUUGGUCAAACGUUGGAAAGAACAUUUUGUGACUAAGAAAUGGGAAAUCGCUCAUGAAUAUACAUCUGUUUGGACAAGUCCAUUUCCAUUUUGGGAUUUACCAAACCAAUCUCAAGAACUUUGGAAAGAUUUAAAGUCAUCUGAUUUAGUGAUUUUUAAAGGAGAUUUGAAUUAUCGAAAAUUAACGGGUGAUGCGAAUUGGGAAACGACCGUUCGAUUUGAAGAUUCCAUUGGACCUUUAGAGAGUUUGAUUAAUUUACUUUCACUUAGGACUUGUAAAGCUGAUGUGGUUGUAGGUUUGAGAAACGGAUUACAAAAAGAAAUGGAUGAAACUGAUCCUGAAUGGAGAAUUAAUGGAAAAUAUGGAAUGAUUAGUUUUUCAAAACAAGAGCCGUAA